AUGGCACAGGCCAAACAGCUGACCGUGUUCGUCACUUUACACAUCAAGCCCGAGCUCAUCGAAGACUUCAAGGCUGCCCAUAGGCCGGUAUGGAACGCGUGUGCGGCCGAGCCCCAGUGCCUCUUCUUUGACGUGUGGGAGGACCCUGAGAACGUGGGCCAUUUCCGAUUCGUCGAGGUCUGGAAUGAAUCGAAAGAGUGGUUCGAGAAGGAGCAGCUCACGAAACCCUACUACGCAUCCAUGUGGCCAAAGUCGCAGGCCACCUGGGUUGUCGAGCCCAAGGUUGAGUACUUUGAGAGGUCUGGCGAGGCCAGCAUCUAUCGGAAUGCAUUCCUCGACCAAUCCAAGCUGAUGGAUUAG